AUUUAGUUGAGGCAUACAUCCAUCACCUCUCUCUCUCUCUCUCUCUCUCUCUCUCUCUCUCUCUCUCUCUCUCUCUCUCUCUCUCUCCUGUGGUAGAGCAUUUUCCUGCCAGUUUGUAACCAUGUUACCAAGGAGCAGAACUCUUCCACCGAGAAUGAAUCAUGCCGCUUUUGAAGAAAGGCAAGACAUAAGGCACUACAUGCAAGUGGAAAUCCAACCAAAAGCCCAAAGUGAGACUGAAGCAAUGAACCCUCUUUCCAACUAUUCCAAGUGCUUUGAUGAUGAUGGCCGCUUGAAGAGAACUGGAACUUUUUGGACUGCAACAUCCCAUAUUAUCACUGCUGUUAUCGGGUCGGGCGUUCUUUCGUUGGCAUGGGCAAUCGCGCAGCUCGGGUGGGUCGCAGGACCCGCAGUCAUGAUGCUCUUUGCGAUUGUCAUUCUUUAUACUUCGAGUCUUUUGUCACAGUGCUAUAGAACAGGGGACCCUGUCACUGGACCCAGAAACUACACCUACAUGGAUGCAGUCAAGGCUAACUUAGGUGGUAGAAAGGUUGCGGUAUGCGGUGCGAUCCAGUACUUGAAUUUGUUUGGCACAGCAAUUGGUUACACAAUUGCAGCAUCAGUCAGCAUGAUGGCGAUAAAAAGAUCAAACUGUUUCCAUAAAAGCGAAGGAAAAGAUCCGUGCCACAUGUCGAGCAAUGGGUACAUGAUAACUUUCGGAAUCACGGAGAUUAUAUUUUCCCAGAUCCCGGAUUUCGACCAAGUGUGGUGGCUGUCGAUAGUUGCAGCUGUUAUGUCUUUCACAUACUCUACAGUUGGUCUCUCACUUGGUAUCGCCAAAGUUGCCGAAAAUGGGAUUAUCAAAGGAAGCCUGAUGGGUAUCAGCACAGGGACACUAACAAAAGCAGGGACAGUAACAGCUAUGCAGAAGCUUUGGAGGAGCCUUCAAGCUCUUGGUGCUAUUGCCUUUGCAUAUUCUUAUUCCAUCAUCCUCUUAGAAAUACAGGAUACCGUAAAAUCUCCUCCGGCAGAGUACAAGACAAUGAAGAAGGCAACUGUACUGAGCAUAAGUGUUACAACAGUGUUCUAUUUACUGUGUGGGUGCAUGGGUUAUGCUGCCUUUGGAGAUUAUUCUCCUGGAAAUCUCCUCACUGGUUUCGGAUUCUAUAAUCCAUAUUGGCUACUCGACAUUGCCAAUCUUGCAAUUGUUAUCCACCUUGUUGGUGCAUACCAGGUUUAUUGCCAACCUCUAUAUGCAUUCGUAGAAAAAUGGAGCGCGAAAAGAUGGUCCAAAAGCGACUUUGUAACGGCUGAAUACGACAUCCCUAUCCCUUUGUGCGGCAUUUACCAGCUCAACUUCUUCCGGGUAACAUGGAGGACCGUGUUUGUGGUGGUGACGACAGUCAUAGCAAUGCUCAUGCCUUUCUUCAACGACGUGGUUGGAAUACUUGGAGCCUUUGGGUUUUGGCCACUAACGGUCUACUUCCCCGUUGAAAUGUACAUCUCUCAGAAGAAGAUAAAAUCGUGGUCAACCAGGUGGAUCGCGCUUCAAAUACUAAGCUUCACUUGCCUGAUUGUGUCUCUAGCCGCCGCGGUUGGCUCAGUCGCCGGCGUUCUACUGGAUUUGAAAACUUAUAAGCCUUUCAAGACUAGUUAUUGAUGGAAAAGAGGAUGCCAAGGAAAAUAUUGAUACUACAAUAGGAAACAUAUGUCAUUUCAAGAAAUAAAAUGUAGGAGUAUCUGAAACUUGAAGUUCCAUUUCCACUAUGAUUUGUUUAUGCAGACUGUGCUUGCUUAGUUGCAAAAGAUUAAUGGUUUUGUGAUGCAGAGGAAAGUAAUUUUGAUUGUA